AUGCAAAGGAUAUUACGGGUAGAUGAAAUUACAAAAAUAAAAGUCCUUGGAAAAGACAAGAGGAAGAGGAUAGAAAUGAUAUUCUCAGAAAGUGAGGACAGUGACCUGGAUAAGGAACAGAGAGAAUGAUAUUCAGGAGACAACUUUCUGUGCAGUGAAAGCAGCAGCGAUGACGAAGAGCCUUUAUUUCAACUCUCCAAGGUAGAGCUGUGUGCCAAAAUAAAAAGUCUCAAGAGGAAGCUGACAGAAACCAUGAGAGAAAACAGCCACCUAAGGCAGUCCCUGGUGAUGCUCCAAGUGUUGCCGCAGGCAGUCACCCACUUUGAGGAACUGGUAGGGACAGCUGAAGCACUGCAGGGGGGAGUGACAUCCUCUCCAUCCAGUCUGCGUUCACAUGCUGUGUGGAAAGCAUCUAACAACCCGUUAGCAGAUUCCUAUGCAGCUACGCAUAGCGACUCCUGCUCGCCGUUACCUUUGAACCUGGAAGAUGAGGAGCAAUAGACCAAAAAACAGUUCAAGAUUGAAAAGUGGCAGGUUGCACUUUGUAACAAGAGCAAACCUCAGAAGUUUAUAAAUGACUUGAUGCAAGCCCUUUAUACGCAUGAAUACAUGGCCACGCGCAGCCUGACGGGUGCCAAGUCCUCCUCUUCCAAGGACAAAGCAGCAAAACCAGAUAUGAAUCAGAACGAAAUGCAGGAAAUCACAGGAAUCACAAAACAGUUGUUCCCAAACACAGAUGAUGCUUUAAAUAGGUGAAUGAUGGGACAAAAACUGAACAACUGCACCAAGAAGCCAGUUCUAAGCAAAGAUAAUAACUGA